GUCAUGAUUUGAGGCGUUCAACACCGCGGAUUUUUUGGAGUUAAGAAUUCGUUGCUUGGCAUUUUUGUUGCAGUUGGGGAGACGUCGCCCCGUCGGGACUACACAUUCUUCUUGCGAUCCGGCCCAUGCACUCGCCUGGCUCCCUCCGUGCAUGCGGAUCGCCUCCCGAAAGUGUUUGGUCCGCCGAGUCCAGGUGAUUGGAGGAAAUUCCUGUGAGUGACAGGCCGGACCCCCUGCAGUUCAUGUUUUGGUGGAGCUCCUCAGAUGGGGUCAGUGUCCAGGGGGAGGCCGAGGAGGGGGUCAUGGGAGACGCACCCUCCAUUAACGGGAUGUCCGCCGGAUGGGCGUGGCUGCUGGGCGUGCUCCUUCUGUCCCUGGCCACCGUCUCCAUGGCACGGCCGCCCCAUCGACGCCAUGGAGGAAGAGGCUACGCUGGAGCCCGAAGAGACGCCGACCAAAUACCAAAUCUCUAAGCAGCCCACGCUGUGCUCGGUGCCGCCGGGCGAACUGCUGCGCCUGCGCUGCCCGCUGCCCGAGGCGGGCAGCGCCAUCUCCUGGACCAAAGACGGCGCGGCGCUGGGGCCGGACAACCGCACGGUCAUCCAGCAGGAGCUGCUGCAGAUCCGCGACGCGGCGCCCGCCGACUCGGGCAUGUACGCGUGCAGCGCGCUCGGGGUGCAGGGCGGACAGACGCUCUGCUUCAUAGUGAACGUGACAGAUGCCAUUUCGUCGGGUGAUGACGAGGAUGACACGGAUACCUCGGAAGACGGGCCCGGGGACAGAGAACAGAUGCGACCGCCCGAGUGGACGAUGAAGGACAAGAUGGAGAAGAAGCUGCACGCGGUGCCGGCCGCCAACACGGUCAAGUUCCGCUGCGCGGCGGAAGGGAACCCCCGGCCCAAGAUGCGCUGGCUGAAGAACGGCAGACCGUUCCGUCAGGAGGACCGCAUGGGCGGAUAUAAGGUGCGCCAGCAGCACUGGACUCUGAUCAUGGAGAGUGUGGUGCCGUCGGACAAGGGCAACUACACCUGUCUGGUGGAGAACGAUUACGGCGCCAUCAACCACACGUACACGCUGGACGUGGUCGAACGUUCCCCCCACCGGCCCAUCCUUCAGGCGGGGCUGCCGGCGAACACCACGGUGCAGGUGGGCCAGGACGCCAAGUUCGUGUGCAAGGUGUACAGCGACGCCCAGCCGCACAUCCAGUGGCUGCAGCACAUCACCAAGAACGGCAGCCGCUACGGCCCCGACGGGCACCCUUACGUCCGGGUCCUCAAGACCGCAGGUGUUAACACCACGGACAAAGAAAUCGAAGUCCUCUACGUGCCCAAUGUCACUCUUGAGGACGCGGGCGAGUACACGUGUUUGGCGGGUAAUUCUAUUGGGAUCUCCUAUCAUACUGCUUGGUUGACGGUGCUUCCAGUGACCGAGGAGCCGUCUCAGCCGGUGUUCCCGCCCGACUACGUGGAGAUCGCCAUCUACUGCAUCGGCGUCUUCCUCAUCGCCUGCAUGGUGGUCAUCGUGCUGGUGUGCCGCAUGCGCACCUCCACCAAGAAGCCCGACUUCGGCGGUCAGCCCGCCGUCCACAAGCUCAGCAAACAGAUUCCCCUGCGCCGCCAGGUAACAGUGUCGUCGGACUCUAGCUCCUCCAUGAGCUCCAGCACGCCGCUCGUACGCAUCACCACGCGACGAAGCUCCGCCCACGACGACCCCAUCCCUGAGUAUGACCUCCCUGAGGACCCGCGCUGGGAGUUCUCCAGAGACAAGCUGACGCUGGGCAAGCCCUUAGGGGAGGGCUGCUUUGGCCAGGUGGUCAUGGCCGAGGCUUUGGGCAUCGAUAAGGACAAACCCAAGGAGGCCGUCACUGUGGCUGUGAAGAUGCUUAAAGAUGACGCCACAGAGAAGGACUUAUCAGACCUGGUGUCAGAGAUGGAGAUGAUGAAGAUGAUCGGGAAACACAAGAACAUCAUUAACUUGCUGGGGGCGUGCACGCAAGAUGGCCCUCUGUAUGUAAUAGUGGAGUACGCGUCCAAGGGCAACCUGCGGGAGUACCUGCGGGCGCGGCGCCCCCCGGGGAUGGAGUACUCGUACGACAUUGCCCGCGUCUCCGACGAGCAGCUCACCUUCAAGGACCUGGUGUCCUGCACCUACCAGGUGGCACGAGGCAUGGAGUACCUGGCCUCGCAAAAGUGCAUACACAGGGACCUGGCGGCCCGGAACGUUCUAGUCACCGAGAGCAACGUGAUGAAGAUCGCCGACUUCGGCCUGGCCAGAGACGUGCACAACAUCGAUUAUUACAAAAAGACCACCAACGGUCGUCUCCCUGUGAAAUGGAUGGCUCCGGAGGCACUGUUCGACCGGGUCUACACACACCAGAGUGACGUCUGGUCGUUUGGGGUACUCAUGUGGGAGAUCUUCACCUUGGGGGGGUCGCCGUACCCAGGCAUCCCCGUGGAGGAGUUGUUCAAGCUGCUGAAAGAGGGCCACCGCAUGGACAAGCCCGGCAACUGCACCAACGAACUGUACAUGAUGAUGAAAGACUGUUGGCAUGCCAUCUCCUCCCAGAGGCCCACCUUUAAGCAGCUGGUGGAGGACCUGGACCGGAUCCUCACCCUGGCAACCAACGAGGAGUAUCUGGACCUGCGUGCUCCUCCUGAGCAGUACUCGCCCAGCUUCCCUGACACACACAGCUCCUGCUCGUCCGGGGACGACUCGGUCUUCUCCCACGACCCGCUGCCGGACGAACCCUGCCUGCCCAAGUACCAGCACAUUAGCUCCAAGACAUGAGGGCGCCCCCUAUAGGAGGAAACGGGAGCAGCGGGGGGGACACGGACUCGUGCCUCAGAGACACACACACUUCCCCUGUGGGCUGGAACUUGAAGCACAAGCUCCAUGGGGCACCACCCCGACAAAUCCCAACCCCAACCCCCCCACCCCACUCGACAACACCACCCCCACCAGCACCAGCACCAUCAGCACCACCACCACCUCCCUCAUUUCAACACAAGCCAAUAAGUGCUGAGCCUCCGCCCAGCCACGAUGUUUUCACUUGACAGUACCUCUUGUAUUCAUUAAUCGCACACCCUCACAUACUUCAUAUGAAUGUGCAUACAGUGUGGGCAAAUCUCACAUGCAAACACACACACAAACACACACACACACAAAUUGACAAACAUCCACACACACACUCUUGCUGCUCUCUCCUCAUGUCACCCACAUUGACUCUUACUGGACUAUGGAGUUUGGUUGAGGAGGGGACAGUGCUGCUGUUGGACCCUGAACUAAAGCGUGCUUGAGAAAACCACACAAGACACACACACUUACACACACACAUGCACACACAAACAUGAACUUUUUCGUGACCAAGCUCUUCAAGGAGAGGACAGGGAUCAGCCUGAUGUUUUACAUCACUGACUGAAAGAGAGGCUGUUUGCUAAGCUCGACCUCUCACCCUUUCUGUUUUCCUUUUAUUUUUUGUUUUGUUUUGUUUUGUUUGUUUGUUUGUUUGUUUGUCGGUCUGUUUGUCAUUGUCGUUGGAAUUUUACAUUUUUUUUUCCUACCAUCAUUCCAUUCCGUUGGCUGGCAUUCCAAGACUCCCUGCUCCGCUGGGAGAGCGAAGAAGGACCACGGCGACCUGAGGAGGAUAAAAAGAAAAAAAAAGAAAACAAAUCAAAGGGACUAAACAGAGAAACAGUAGAAAUAGGACACGUGUGAAAGUGGACAGGUAAAACUAACAGAGAAGAAGAGGUUUAGAAGAGUAUGACACUGCCUCUUGUUUAUUUUGUAAUAAUGUUCAGUUUUUUUUAUCGUUUUUUGGUAAGCCCACACAGUUAUUAUGGAAAAAAGUAAUACACGGUAUAUAGUGCUGGGUAUAUUUGUAAAUAUAUUCAAAUAUGUAUAAAUAUAUAUUAUAUAUUUACAGUGAAUUAUUUUUUGUAUGGACUCCAGAGCACCCCUCCCCCUCCCUCUUCAGACAGGUGUGGCGUUUCUUAGGUUACAUAUCUGCUCAGCUAACUUCUUAUACACUUUUUUCUUCCUCAAUUUCACACACACACACGCACACACGCACACACACACACACACACACAUACACAAACACACACACACAAACACACACACACACAAACACACACACACACACACACACACACACACACACACACACACACACACACACACACACACACACACACACACACACACACACACACACAGAGAGUACUUACAAGAUAAAUCAGAGGAGUUUGGCCAUCAGGGAAAGAAGUAGCAUGUUAAUUUAUUGACUUAUGUUUUAAAAAAUGAAUCAAAAUGAAAUAAAAAAGAUCAGAAUAAUAAAUAAUAUUAUUAAUGAUGACAUUAGCAAGGGUAAUGAUAAUUGAUUCAUUAUGUUUAUUGUAAUUUAAAAUGAUCUUUCAGUGGAGGUAACAGAACAAAAAAGCUUUUUAGAGGAUAUUUGAAAGAUCCUGGUUUCCUAUGUUUUUUACAUAUACGAAUGUGAAUAAUAAGUUCAAUUUGAAAUAACGUACAUUUUUAUAGACUGCUAAUCCCAUGUCUUUUGUAGAAGAUGCUGAUUGUUUUUUUAUCCAGCUAUUGUGCUCUUGCUGUUGUUGCAUUUUGAACUGAGAAUUGCUGGAUAUUUAUAUGUGACAGAGAAAAAAACUAUUUCACAAAGACCCACAACCAUUCUGUGACUACACUUAGAUCCUUUUAGAGUUGACAAGUAGUUUGUUGUAAUUUUCACUCUGAAAAGAAAUACAAAAUUUGUACGUCAAAACGCUAAAAUGGAAAAGUAUUAAAGUCAUCCAAGUGUUCUGUUCGUCUGCUGGAUCAAGUCAUUUGAGAUUGUACCUUGCAAGUGUUGCUGAUACAUUUGCAAAAAAAUAAAGUUGGAAAACAAAUUA